CUAAAGCGACAAAGAAUAAAGAUGGCAUCCGCUGACCAAAAUUCGAUGAAGCCCAUGCCCAAGAUCAUCCUCUUCCUCAUUUUCACUUCUUCAUUUGACUUCUGCAAGUCCAAUCCUGAUCAAGACGAUCCAAACCCGAUCCCGACUCCAUGGCCGCCCCAAUUCCACUCCAUUUUGGUCAUGAACAACAGUGGUAUUCACGAACUGAUCGACCUCUGGUACGAUUGGCCCAACGGCAGAAACUUCAACAUAAUCCAGCACCAGCUGGGCAAUGUCCUCUAUGACCUUGAGUGGAACAAUGGGACUUCCUUCUUUUACACCCUCGAUUCGUCCAAAACCUGCAGCAGCGUUCAACUCGAGGUUGGGAUUUUACGCCCCGACUGGCUCGACGGAGCAACGUACUUGGGUCAACGACAGGCAGAUGGUUUUGUUUGCAAUGUGUGGGAGAAAGCGGAUUUCAUCACGUAUUUUGAGGAUGUUGUGACUAAGAGACCCGUUCUCUGGAUCUUCUACACCGGGAGGGAGGCGCAUGUGAUGACAUUCGAGGUGGGAGCAGUUCUUGAGGAUUCAAAGUGGCAAGCCCCCAUCUAUUGCUUUCACAACGCCACCAUAACCACCACCCACAGAUUGCUGAAUGGAGUUCUCAGAGAGGCUGGUCAUGGAAGUAACCUCACAAUCCGAUUUGCUCCAUUCACAAUUAUAGGAUUCAAACUCCUAAUCCAAUUUGUUCCUUCAAGGGAAGUAACGCCUUAUAGGUCAAUUUCUUUACUUCUUUCUUGCUUUAUUUGCAUUAUUAGGGGGGGGAUGCUCAAUGUAUGCCUAAAGAUAUAAAUUUACAUUAUUGUU